AUGUUCGGCGCCGGGAUGCUGCUCGUGGAAGAUUACGUUGCACAGUUGGGGCAAUAUGAGGAGCUGCGGUUCCGGUGGGUCAUCGAGGUGCAGGAGGACGAGAGGAGUGAAGUCUUGGUGGUGGUCAAGCAAUUCCGAAGAACUUCCGACGAGAAGCUUAGCGUGGACGUGAGCUCCAAGCUCGACAUCACCUCAUCAUUGAAGACCAUCCCAUCACCUGAUCCAAACACCAUGCUACGAACGGCUGCUGCGGGAAGAUAUCUACUACGCCGACCGGCUUCCUGGAGUGGCCAUCAUGGCGCAUUGCAAUACUCCAUGGAAUCUACAAACGGCGAACGCAAGGUCCAGACGCCGGUACAGUCUCAGAACACGGACGACAUCGCCCCGAAUCCCUUGAAACCAGAACCGGAGUCGACACAGAUGCAGACACCUAUGCAAUCGCAAGAUCCAGCAAGCUUCUCACUACAGCCUGGGCACCCGCCGACUCAGCAGCCGAGUCUACCAACGCAGCAGCAAGGCCGGCCUCGACCAAACAACGCCGGUCCGCUCUAUACUCUGCUCGUGUCUCUGAUCGUGGCGCCGAUGAUCACCUACGGGUAUUACAACUAUCGGAAGGAGCAUAUGGAACAGAAAUGGAAGGGCAUGCUGAAGGAAGCGGAGCAGAAGAGACCAAAGAGUUAA